AGGCGGAAAGAUGAUUCAAGAUGGAGGCGAUCAGACGCAAUUGGGUGAAGGCAAAAGCUCGCGGAGGCGGCGAGCAAGCGACGACGACGUAGUAGAAGAGGAAGAGGCUGGCAGAGUGGUCCCGAAUGCCUGUCCAUCGCGAUCCUCGUUCUCGUCAUCCCGGGAGACCUGGCGAGAAUGUCGUGUCGCGACCCCGACAACCUGAUGGCAAGCCCCAGCGACGACGAGGGCUUCGACUACCUCUUCAAGAUCGUCCUGAUCGGCGACUGCGGCACGGGCAAGACCUGCGUGGUCCAGCGCUUCAAGUCCGGCACCUUCGUCGAACGGCAUGGCAACACCAUCGGGGUGGACUUCAUCAUGAAGACCGUCCUUAUAGACGGCAAGAGGAUCAAGUUACAAAUUUGGGAUACUGCGGGACAAGAAAGAUUCCGAACGAUAACUCAAAGUUAUUAUAGAUGUGCAAAUGGAGUAAUUGUAGUUUACGAUAUUACAAAGCGAUCAACAUUUUUAAGUUUACAACGUUGGGUGGAAGAAGUCCGGAGGUAUUCGUCAUCGCAUGUACUAUUAGUAUUAGUUGGAAAUAAAUGUGACUUGGAAAAUCUGCGUGAAGUGGAAAAAGCAGAAGCUGAAGCUUUAUGCGAAUAUCUGCCUGAAGUUUUGCACGUAGUGGAGACCUCAGCCAAAGAUAACACAAAUAUAGACUCCAUCUUUUUCUAUCUGGCAUCCGAACUUAAGAGACGACACGAUAAUCGUCAGAUUAGCGCGAGCGAGAACGAUGCAGUGAAACUCGGUGCCGGACGAGAGUUGUCUUCUUGUAAAGGCUGUAAAAUCUUUUGAACCGUUCAUAUAUUUUUUUUUCCAUCGUUGCGCACUGUUUCUGAACGACCGAGAUAUGAAAGAACACACGCGCGUUCUGAUAAGAUGAAAGGCAGUCGAACGAAUGUAAUAUCUGUUGUAAUAUGUUAAUACGUUUUGUACAAUGUAAAUUUUUUACACAAGUUUACUGUUUCUAACAUCAAAUUAGUAAUCAGAGUAUAAAUAUACAAAACAGUUAUUUGCACAUAAAAAUAUUGUAUAAACUUUUUAUAAAAAUUUUACUGCCUUUUAUCUUAUUAUAACUGUAGCACAAAUUAAUAGAGAAACUAGAACAAUCAAUGUCAUUCUAUCGAUAUAGAUAAAACAAGUUUAUAUAGAUAUAUAUGCCAAAUAUUUAAAAGAUAUUUCCUUUUAUUUACACGAAAUAGAACAGACAUUGGCUCUUCUACUCCUAAAAGAUACGAAUCUCACGAUAAAAAAGAUAUAAUUCUUAAAAUAAGAUGGUUAAUUUCUUGCUAUAGAAGUUCGUUGUUUUAGAAAAAGCACGUUUAUAUAUUUUUAUAUUCAACACAGGUACAAAUUUAUAUACACGCUCAUACAUAUUGAUACUUCACGAAUACUGCGGCGACCUGAAGAAAUUCUAGAUAUCCUUGUGCCUUAAAAUAUUCGUAGUGAAUACACAUUUUUGUAUUAUGAGCGCACAGACAUAUUCAAAGUGCAAUCGAGAUUUAAAUUGCGAAUGGUAACUUAAUUCUUUCUUGUUCUUUAUUUAUUUUAUUUAUUUGCGUGAAUGUGCGUUAUGACGAAUGCAAAGAUUUAACUUCUUGUUCUUUGAAACAAGAAGUUCAAAUUAAGAUUGUAAAUAUUAAUCCUUAGUCGCAUUCUUAGCUCGUAUCUCACGCUAGAGUUAGUUUAAACUUUCAAUUUACAUGAAUGCACUUAUUAGCUCUAAAAAAAAGUUAUGAAAAUGCAAAUAAAACGCGUUUUGUGACUAAGCGGACACAAUUAUAUUACAUUUAUAGACGAGCAAAUAUUACGAAUCUCUCUAUGUAGCAAUACUUUACAGAAAUUAUUGUAAUAUAUAUUUUUAAAACACAUUGCACAUAAACGUAUGUGCGUAUUGUAAUACUCUUUGCAAAUCGGAAUUAUUAUUUUAUAUAUGAAAGUAAUAUCAAUAUACGUAAUUCAGGAGGACGAAUCUUCAUUACCUUGCACGUAAAUAGGUACUGUCAAAAAUGUACGAAAGUUGUCUUCAUAAUUUAAGAUUUUUGUAUAAAUUUACAUAAAUAUAUCAUCUUUUUAACAAAAA